AUGGCAGAAGAAGAUAUAUAUACCAAGGAUGGGACUGUGGAUAAUCGGAAUAAGCCUGCAAAUAGGAAGAAAACAGGAACUUGGAAGGAAAGAUAUCAGGAAAUAUUACGGGAACAAAAACAAACUCAGUAUGAUAUUGAUCAAUGUAAAGCAUAUUAUGAAGUCGCGGGAGAAAAAAAGAAUAGAAGAGUGUAUGGUCUUGGAUCUCAAGUAAAAUGCUACUAUGGGCCAAAUCUUCGUGGCUCUUCUGGAUCAGAUACUUCAUCAUCAAUACCACCUUCGAGUUCUCAAUCAGCAUCACUAGGGAAUCUGGAUGAGUUAGUGAUGUGUUUGAUUCCUGCACUAACAGAGCACAUAGUUCCUGUGCUAACUGAUCACAUGCUUCCGCCUACUUCUACUGACCACCCAUCAGAUGUGGUACCAACAGUUCAUGCUCCUACUACUGCUAAUGUUAAUGGGGUUCCUCCAUCGGAUUUGAGGCAGGUGCAUAUGGCCACCAGUCCGGCUUGUAGACUGAUUUUCCAGGUCGAGACUUCGUGGUGA